AUGAAACAGAAUUCAAAGGGCAUCCGAUCCUUUCUCCGUUGGCGAAAGAAAGCAUCUAAGGGAAUCGUGACCGAAGCCGAGAACGCAAAGGUAGAAGAUGCACCCGUCCCUGUAUCAUUCUUGUCGUUAUUUCGGUAUUCAACUCGCUUUGAAAUAAUGUUGAACCUUUUUGGCAUAAUCUGUGCUGUUGCUGCUGGUGCUUCGCAGCCUCUCAUGACUUUUAUAUUCGGCAACUUGAUACAAGAUUUUAUUACAUUUGGUUUAGCACAGAACGAGUACUAUCAAUCGCUACAGUAUAACGAUGCAAACGCGAUUGAGCACGCGCAGGUCGCACUGAAUGCUGCUGCAUCCAAAUUCCGUCAUGAUGCUGGACUGGACGCUUCUUACCUCACAUAUCUUGGCGUCGCGGUAUUUGGCACCACGUUUUUAUUCAUGUGCGCCUGGGUUUAUACUUCAGAGGUUAAUGGGAAAAGAAUACGAGAGAGGUAUCUUCAGGCCAUCCUUAGACAGGAAAUCGCAUAUUUUGAUAACGUCGGAGCUGGAGAGGUUGCGACGCGCAUCCAAACCGAUACUCACUUGGUACAACUGGGGAUAUCCGAAAAAGUCGCUCUUACAGUCGUUUUUGGUAGCUCAUUCCUCACUGGCUUUAUAAUUGCAUAUGCCCGGUCAUGGCGUCUCGCUCUUGCAUUGACGUGCAUCAUUCCGUGCAUCGCAAUCUCAAACGGCGUCAUGACCAAGUUUGUGUCCAAAUACGCGCGGUUGUCCUUGAAGCACGUUGCAGAUGCGGGCAGUCUUGCAGAAGAGGUCAUAUCCACUAUUCGUACCGCGCAGGCUUUCGGGACACUCAAAGUUUUGUCUGGAAUAUACGAUAAGGACAUCGAUGUAACUUGCGUCGCCGACUCCAAAGCGAGUAUUUGGCAAGGUGCAGUGGCAGGCUGCGUCUUCUUUGUGAUCUUUGGCGCAUAUGCACUGGCGUUCGCAUUUGGAACUACCCUCAUAAAUGAGGGCCAUGCUAACGCCGGGCAGAUUGUGAACGUCUUGAUGUCCAUCUUAAUUGGAUCAAUCUCCCUUGCCCUACUGGCGCCUCACCUACAAGCCAUCACACGUGCUCGUGGCGCUGCUGCCAAACUCUUCGCUACAAUUGAGCGCAUCCCUGAUAUCGACUCUGCAAACCCAGGAGGACUAAAGCCUGCAAAAGUCAUUGGCGAAAUUACGUUCGAGGACGUCAAAUUCAACUAUCCAUCUCGCCCAGAUGUCCCAAUUCUCAGAGGGAUAGACAUCACCUUCCCGGCUGGCAAAACUACUGCUCUCGUCGGCGCGUCUGGAUCUGGUAAAUCUACGAUUGUAUCUCUCGCGGAACGCUUCUACGAUCCGAUCAGUGGCCAUGUUAUGCUUGACGGAACUGACUUGAGGGAGCUCAAUAUCAAAUGGUUACGCUCUCAGAUUGGUCUAGUCUCACAAGAGCCCGUGCUUUUCGCGACAACUAUCAUGGGCAAUGUCGCACACGGUCUCAUUGGUACACCAUACGAGGACGCGUCGGAUGAGGAGAAGUUUCGGCUCAUCAAAGCAGCCUGCAUCAAGUCCAAUGCAGAUAGUUUUAUCAACCACUUGCCACAAGGAUAUAACACUGUGGUUGGUGAGCGAGGUUUUCUGUUAUCGGGAGGGCAGAAACAGCGCGUCGCUAUUGCGCGAGCUAUUGUGUCGGAUCCGCGGAUCUUACUCCUUGAUGAAGCAACGAGCGCCCUCGAUACUCGUUCGGAAGGGAUUGUACAAGAUGCUCUGGACAAGGCAGCUGCUGGUCGAACUACCAUCAUCAUUGCUCAUCGCCUGUCAACGAUUCAAGAUGCCGACUGCAUACUUGUCAUGGGCGAGGGACUCGUACUGCAGCGAGGAACUCAUGCCGAACUCCUGGCAGACCAGAAUGGCGCAUACUUUGGUCUUGUUACAGCGCAAACUCUUCGUGAGGGUCAUGAAGAUGAUGAUUUAUUAAGUCACGAGGAUGACUUGGAAACGCCUGGGUUAGACGAACUCCUCGAUCGGAAGAGCUCUAUUUGCUCCAUCGGAAGCGACAUCGCCAGUCUAUCAAUGGAGAAUGGAGGGGAUCGGGCUCCAGAGGAAAUCUACGGUCUAUUCUAUUUGAUGAGGCGAAUUGCUAGUCUUCACCGUGAAGGGCUUCGCCGAUACUUGAUUGGAGCUUUCUUUGCAAUGUGCCAUGGUGCCUCUUAUCCUGCCUGUGGUAUUAUCUAUGGGCGCGCAAUUUCUGGCUUCGCCGCGACCACAAAUUCUGAGCGCCGCCAUGAAGGCGACUGGAAUGCUCUCUGGUUUUUCGUUAUGGCCAUUCUGUACGCCAUUUCUAUUGGUUUCCAGACCUACUUCUUUUCUUCUUCUGCCGCUGUCCUGACUGCCAAGCUCCGUUCGAUGAGCUUCAAAGCCAUCCUCCGACAAGACAUUGAGUACUUUGACAACGAGAAGAACAGUACUGGCGCUCUGACGUCAAGCUUGAGCACAAACCCCCAGAAGGUCAAUGGUCUCGCUGGCAUAAGUCUGGGAACAAUCAUCCAAUCCAUCGUAACUCUACUUGCUGGUUUGACCAUUGGCUUUGCAUAUGCUUGGAAGCUGGCUUUUGUCGGCUUGGCAUGUGUCCCUAUCCUGCUGUCCGCUGGCUUUAUACGUUUGCAAGUCAUUGUCAUGAAAGAUCAGAAGAGCAAACUAGCCCAUGAAAGCUCUGCUCAGGUUGCCUGCGAAGCUGCUGCAGCAAUUCGCACUGUUGCAUCAUUGACCAGAGAAGAGCAGUGCCUUGAUCUUUACAAACGGUGCUUGGAAGAACCCGUCAGAAAAUCCACUAGGACAGCGCUUUGGAGUAACACACUUUACGCGUUCUCUCAGGCCGCGGCGAUCUGGGUAAUUGCUCUAGUUUUCUGGUAUGGUGCGACGCUCGUUUCGCGGCUUGAGAUUUCCACGCAAUCAUUUUUCACUGCCUUGAUGAGUACGAUAUUUGCCGCAACGCAGGCCGGUGACUUCUUCGCCUAUGCGCCUGACAUGUCAUCGGCCAAAGGGGCCGCCAACGCAAUUAUCAAGCUCCUUGAUUCAACCCCUGUGAUUGAUGCAGAGUCAACUAGAGGCAAAAGCGUUCCGAGCGAAACUAUCAAGGGCCACAUAAUGCUGGAGAACAUUCAUUUCAGUUAUCCCACCCGUCCUGGGUCACGGGUUCUUCGCGGCCUCUCGCUUACCGUCGAACCUGGAACUUAUGUUGCUUUAGUCGGCUCUAGCGGUUGCGGUAAAAGCACAGUCAUCCAGUUACUAGAACGUUUCUACGAUCCACUUUCUGGACUGAUCUCGCUCGAUGGGCAGCCUAUAAAUGAGUUUAACGUCCAGGCAUAUCGACAGCAGAUUUCGCUUGUGUCGCAAGAGCCUACUUUGUAUGCAGGAACUAUCCGCUUCAAUAUCUUACUCGGCGCCGCCAGACCAGAGUCUGAGGUCACACAAGAAGAGAUCGAGGCUGCAUGUCGUGAUGCCAAUAUACUAGCUUUUAUUCAAUCACUUCCAGAUGGGUUCAAUACCGAAGUCGGUGGCAAGGGAUCCCAGCUAUCUGGGGGUCAGAAACAACGUAUUGCAAUCGCUCGCGCACUACUUCGGAACCCCAAGGUUCUUCUGCUCGACGAAGCUACAUCAGCCCUAGAUUCAAACUCAGAGAAGGUCGUGCAAGAAGCUCUUGACAAAGCUGCCAAAGGUCGCACCACAAUUGCUAUCGCCCACCGUCUUUCGACUAUUCAGAACGCCGAUCGCAUACAUUUUGUCAAGGACGGCAGAAUCAGCGAAUCUGGAACCCAUGAUGAGCUUCUUGCGCGGAGAGGGGAUUAUUAUGGGUUCGUCCAACUGCAAGCACUGAGCAAGAAGUAG